AUGAUCGUUAGAAUAUUAGGUGAAGGUCAGUUCAAUUUGCCGGGUGCGGUAAUAGAGGACCUGAAUGACAUUGACAACCGUAUGGUUGAGGCUGUGGAAUCCGAGAAUGAAGAGAGUUUUCGUUCCCUGCUUCAGGAAAUGAUUGCGUUGGUCAGGGAAAAGGGAUCGCCCUUGCCGUUGGAUGAGUUGGUUGAGUCUGACUUCAUACUACCGGAAACUGAUUUGACGCUGGAAGAGGCCGAGCAUAUUUUCAUCGGAGAUGGCUUGCUACCGGGAUAG